AUGAUCUUUGGCAAGAGUUCUACUAUCGUGGCUGGUUCCAUUCUCUUUGGUUUUGUUCACCAAGCUGUAGCUGCAUCCUUUCCAAGCGGCGUUGUCACCUACUGGGGACAAAAUUCUGCAAACUCGGAAAGCGCUCAAAAAGGUCUUGCCGAAUACUGUGAUGACAGCUCGGAUGUAUUGAUCGCCGGCUUUAUCACCAAUUACAACGUUGGGGAUCUUCCUACUCUCAACUUGGCCAACGCAUGCACUGGAACGUUUUUUGAUGGCACCAAUUUGCUCAAAUGUGAUCAAGUUGGAAAAGAUAUCCAAACGUGCCAAAAGAAAGGCAAAAAGGUGCUUUUGUCUUUAGGUGGUGCCAGUGGUGCUUAUGGCUUCAAGAGCGAUGAUGAAGGAAAGACAUUUGCAAAGACCUUGUGGGAUCUUUUUGGCGGUGGUGAUAGCAAGACUCGUCCUUUUGGUGAUUCCAUUAUAGAUGGCUUCGAUCUGGAUAUCGAAGGUGGUGGAUCAACGGGUUACGUGGCAAUGAUCAAUGAACUUCGUACCUUAUUCAAAAAAGACUCUUCCAAGGAUUAUUUCAUUACGGCUGCACCCCAGUGUCCAUUCCCUGAUGCCAUGUUGGGUGAUGUCAUUAGUGAAGCUGGCGUGGAUGCUGUCAAUGUGCAGUUUUACAACAACUAUUGCUCGACGACUGGAUCAAGCUUUAACUUUGACCAAUGGGAUGAUUGGGCCAAGAACAAGUCCCCCAACAAGGAUGUCAAGGUGUUCCUUGGUAUCCCUGGUUCUUCAACAGCUGCUGGAUCCGGCUAUGCCAAGAUUGAGGACUUGAAGCCUAUCAUCAAGGAUUUGUCAAAGUACUCGAGCUAUGGUGGUGUCACUGUUUGGGAUGCAUCACAAUCGUACAACAACAAGGAUGCUUCUCCUAACUUUGCUGUCGCUUUGGCUGAUAUUGUUCAUGAUGGAUCAUCUUCCUCUGGUGGUGACGACAAGGGCAACGACGACGACUCAACAAGUGACGCUGGCAAUGAUAAGACUGUUGAACAGCCAUCGACCACUGGUACGACCCCUGAUCCCACUUCCAGCAGCAGCACUAGUGAUGGCGGUGCUGAAAGCAGCACAACAACGACUUCUACGACCUCUGCACCUUCACCUAGCAACACUGACAACAAUGAUGACAAUGAGGAUUCUGGUCAAGAGAAUGGUACUUGUAUACAAGAUGGUGAUGAGUGUUCCACCGAUGGCCAAUACAAGUGUGUUGGAUCGGGCUUUGCUGUGUGCAACCAUGGCAAAUGGGUUGUUCAACAAUGUGCUGCAGGUCUUUCAUGCAUGAGCACCACCGAUGGCUCUUCCAUUUAUUGUACUCAAACCAGCGGAUCCGUUAACAAGGAUACUUGCAGCAACAAGCAAAGCUUAACUUCCAUUGCUGAUGUCUCUGGUCCUGCUCCCAAGGCUUACAAUGCUGCACGUGUCACAUCCCAGUUGUCAGUCAAGGAAUCGGAUGAAGACUCAUUCAAGGCUGUUGUCAAUGCUCGUCGCAAGGAUUCCAAGCCAUUUGGUAGCACCGUUGUCGUACAAAUGACCAUGCCUCCCAACAUCAAGGUUACAUCAGUGGAUAAUGGCAAGGUGCAACAAAAGGGACGCAACGUCAAGAUCCAACUCAAGAAUACCAAAAAGAAAAGCAUGUCACUUGUCUUUACGAUUGCUGGCUCAGUCGAUCAAGGCAGUGUCUUUAGCGCUCCUUCUGCCAACAGCAUCAAGUUUAUGACCUAG